ACGAAGAAGAGCAGCUGCAGUUAUUUGUUAUGAUUUUAAGAAGCAGCCUCCUUUAAGGAAUGUGUUUCAGCAGGACGGGGUUUGUAUCGGGAUGGUUGCUGUAUUUAAUAUAUCUUUAUAAACUGCGGAAGUAAGCUAGAAUACAUUUUCGGUUUCAGUUGAACGGCUGACCAACUGCGGAUAACGGUUCGGUUAGGGUUGUUAAAUCCCCUUUAAUCAGCUUAGACCAGCGGAGAGAGGAGCAGCUACAACACAGCCUGGCCCCGGUAACAUCCACAGAAACCACAACAACAGCUCCGGAAUGUCUACAACCUCCAGAGCUUCCUCAAUAAAGUUGAACAAAAAGUGCUUCAAUUACGUCUAAAAGAGUGAGCAGGCACUGUCGGCGCUUCCCAGCCUGUCCGUCCGUCCUCUGCAGUGGAGGGAAACGCAGCAGGCGGGGAGUCAGCGGGACAGACGGGCCUCAGGAUGCCUCUGUUCUUCAGGAAGAAGAAGCUCAGCCAGGAGUCCCAGAAGAGGCUGGAAUAUCAGCUGUGCCUGUCUAAGGAGGCGGGUGCUGAUGACAUCCUGGACCUGUCAGCCUGUGAGCUCCCAGAGGUUCCCUCUUCGGCCUUUUCCAUUUGCAGGGUGCUACAGAAGAAGGUCCUGAUCCUCCAUACCAACGAGGUGAAGUCCCUGCUGCCCAAAGGAUGUGAAAUCAGCAGUUUAGCCACUUUAAAGGUUCUGGACCUGCAUGACAACAAGCUCACCUCCCUCCCAGGAGACAUUGGGAAGCUGUCGUCACUGCAGAUUCUAAAUGUGGAGAAGAACCAUCUGAAGGUGCUGCCGGAGAGCAUCGGAGACCUGCGGCUUCUGCAGACUCUCAAUCUGAAAGGUAACUCUCUGACUGAGCUGCCGUCCUCCGUUGGUUCUCUGAGAAGCUUACGCACUCUGGACCUGAGCGACAACAAAAUCGUGCAGCUGCCCAACGCUCUCGUCUACAUCCGCACCCUCGAGAGCUUCACACUGGACGCUGCCACCAUGACCUACCCUCCUGCCUCUGUGUGUACGGAGGGCACGGAGAGCAUCCAGCGCUUCCUAUGCUCUGAGCUGGGAGAGGAGUACUGCCCUCCCUCCCAGUACCUGCUGCCGGUGCUGGAGACCGAGUGCGGCACACACUCCUCCGACUGUGUGGACACUGCGGACGAGGCCUGGAAGAGCAAAUUCAACGACUAUGAGAAGAGAAAGGAGCAGAAGCAGCAGGAGAAGCUGGCUUUUGAGUGGCAGCUGGAGGAGAAGAAGAAGGAGCACACCCAGUUCAUGCUCAUGAACAACUCCCGCAAGGAAAACAUCCUCAACUCAGUCCGGCAGGAGCGGGAGCGUACGGAGCAGGGGGUCAGCCAGCAGCAGAGGGCUCAGGAGGCCGAGAGGGUGCUGGUGCUGGAGAGAGUCCGGCAGGCUGAAGACGGCAUCAGCAGUCGCAUCAGCACCAUGCUGAUGGACAAAAACAGGCAGAAAAAGAGUGCAGAGUUUCUUCAAGCUAUGGAGGAAGAUCGGAUCCGUAUGGAGCAUCUGACGGCCAUCACACAGGAAGAGGCCAACUCACUGAGGAAGAAGGAGGUGGCAGUGGCCAUGCAGAAGAUGCUGUCAGAGAGCUGUGUGAUGAGCCUCCUCCAGGAGGCCAGUGACUUCCGCAGGAAGAGCCUGGUCAACGAGGCCCACAGAAGCAUGGAGAGCUUGGAUAGGAAGUUCGAUAAGGUGUUUUCCCUCCAAGUUUUGGACAAAUCUAAAGCCGUCGCCCACAUCUUACAGGAGGAGGAGAUGCAGAAAGCAGCGUUCCAGGCCCUGCAGCUGCAGAAAGAUGCUGUGCACGGCUACAUCCGCAACCAGAUCAAGCUCAUAGAGAGUGAGUUAAUGCAGCUGACUAGGUUGGAGAUUAAGAGGCGUAAUCUGGAUGCUGAGAACCUGCAGGAGGUUCUGGUGGAGCAGAGGACCACCCUCAGCGAUCUGCUGCAGCAGCUGCUGAAGCAGAAGGAGCAGAGGGAGCAGGAGCUGCGGCAGGUUCUGGCGGAGAUGGAGCGGAAGUCUGAGUCCAACCAGCAGAACUACUGGAUGAUCCAGUACCAGAGGCUGCUGGACGCUAAGCCCCUGUCGCUCCGCAUGCAGGAGGCGGGCGUAGAGAAAGAGUUGGUCAACCUGUUGUGCAAACUGUCUGCUCAGCACUACCUGCCCAUCAUGGCUCACCAUCGAGUGACAACAGAGGCUCUUCGCCACAUGAACGCCUCUGACCUCAAGAAGCUUGGUAUUAACGAAAUGGGAAUCCAGAAAGCUCUUCUGAACUGGGCUCGGGAACACCACCCUGAAGGAGCUUGUAAGGCUGUCCAGCUGGAGGAGGAGGAGGCAGUGGUCGCCCCCACAGCUCCAUCCCCUCACUCCCCUCCAACGCCUCCCAACGUCUCCACCUUCCAGUACCCCAGCCCUCCUCUUACCCCGGGGACCCCCGUCACCCCCUCAGCCCCCAGCCCUGUGGAGGGACCAGGGACCUCGGAGUGUGUGGUCUGCAUGGAGACCGGGUCUCAGGUCAUCUUCCUGCCCUGUGGUCAUGUGUGCUGUUGCCAUGGCUGCAGCGGGGCUUUGCAGACCUGCCCUCUGUGCCGCAGCGUCAUAUCUCAGCGCGUCCGCCUCUACACCAGCUAGGACCGCCCGCACUGUGCGCCUCUGUAUUCAUGCAUGGUAUCAGAGCUGCUGAUAAUCGCCGAGCCGAGUCACUUUCCUGUAUUAACCAAACUCAGUGAAGCACCUGCAGAGACAAGACUGACCGAGAUCAUUUUAACCAUUGUGUUUUAGCAUCCUGUUUUUAUUUUUUAAUUGAAUAUACUCUUAUUGUUGUAUUAUAUAUAUUUAGAGCCGAGUGGACUCCACCACCCACUGACUGUCUGCCUUAUCAUAUGUGCUAAAUUGAUGUGUGCCUUUUUCUAGAAAUAUCUUUUUAAAUUCUAUUUGUCUGUGUCGUCCACCUGUCCGAUAUUAUACACAAAAAAUAGUCUAUUGCGUUGCUGGUUGCCCUCAUCCAUUGCCCUCGCUGCUCCACUGUUGGCAUGUAUAUCACUGUAUAUCAUAUCUCAGCUGCUGUGCACCCUCAGACCCUCCCACUCUCUAUAUCACAUCACUAUAAAUCCAAAGCUGGUUCACACAAUAUAACAUGGCCAAGGUUUGGUGUGUGGAAAUGUGGAAAUGAGACAAAAGGAACUGUUUAUGAAGUUAUCAGAGUGAAACACCUCAUCUCAGCUCUAGUUUGGAGGCCGCCGCAGUACAGAGGGGGCUUAGAGUUUGAAGAACAUAGCUCUUUCAUAGCACCCCCAGAUUAACAACCUUAUCCAGGAGCGUUAUGGGAAAUAGAAUGAUUUUAAAGCUCACCUGGAUAAGGUCUAAUAGUCAGGAUGCCUCAGCUGCUCUUAUAUCGCACAAUCAGGUAAUAAAACAAAUAUACAAAACAGUUGUUAUUGUAUCCAGUGCUGGUUAUCCACACACAGUAUUCGAAUGACCCUCAGACCCAUAGUUCCUCCCCCACUCGUCUCUCACAUAUCUUGUUUUACCUUUCUUAUCUGACUUGCUGUAUAUGGUGCAUAUGUAUACACUAACAGCCCAUCAGCUGUGUAGCUAUCACUAAUGCUGUACUACUCUAUAAGUGCUCUUAACUCAGCAUGCUUCAGGAAAUAUCUUCUUCUACCGUGUAUGACUGUUACUGUUUUCACUUCUAUACACAAUCUUAUAAAGUCCAUACAAUCUUGCAUUUCAGCUGACCAUAUUAUAUUAAAUGUGUGUUGUCCUCUGAA